CUUUUAUUGUGAAAGUGUCACCGGAAGCGCCUUCUCCCCGCCGCCAGUGAGGCUUUACAUGGUGGACCGUUCUGUCAGGGAAAAACGCUCCGCGGUGGGACUUCACGGAAGAUGCCGAAGAAACGGGAGCUGCUGCUUUCCGAGAGACACCCCUCCAGUGAAGAUGAGACCAUGGUCCUGGUACUAGCCCCCAGAAAAGCCAGCGAACUCCCUGUCAACGAAGUAGUGUGUAUCCUGCAGGCGGACCUGCAGUUGGGUUUGACCCAGGACGAGGUGAGCCGGAGGAGAGCGUACCACGGCUGGAACGAGUUCGACAUCGGUGAAGAGGAGCCACUAUGGAAGAAAUACAUUUUACAGUUCAAAGAUCCCCUCAUCCUGUUGCUGUUGGCGUCGGCCGUCAUCAGCGUUCUCAUGCGCCAGUUUGAUGACGCUAUCAGCAUCACUGUGGCCAUCAUCAUAGUAGUGACCGUUGCCUUCGUCCAGGAGUACCGCUCAGAGAAGUCUCUAGAAGAGCUCGGGAAGCUGGUUCCUCCAGAAUGUCACUGUGUCAGGGAUGGGAACCUGGAGCACCUGCUGGCCAGAGAGCUGGUUCCUGGAGACACCGUCUGUCUGUCUGUGGGAGAGAGAGUCCCGGCAGAUCUCCGCCUCUUCGAGUCGACCGACUUGUGUGUGGAUGAGUCCAGUCUGACGGGCGAGACGACCCCCUCCUCCAAGUCCACCCUCCACCAGCAAGCAUCCAAUGGCGACAUCUCCUCCCUCAGCAACAUUGCCUUCAUGGGGACGCUGGUACGCUGCGGCAGAGCCAAGGGCAUCGUCAUCGGAACCGGAGAGAACUCAGAGUUUGGGGAGGUGUUCAAAAUGAUGCAAGCAGAAGAGGCUCCUAAAACGCCGCUACAGAAGAGCAUGGACCUGCUGGGGAAGCAGCUCUCGCUCUACUCCUUCGGCAUCAUAGGGGUCAUCAUGCUGGUGGGCUGGCUGCAGGGGAAGAGGAUUAUGGACAUGUUCACCAUUGGAGUCAGUCUGGCGGUAGCUGCCAUCCCAGAGGGUUUACCCAUCGUGGUGACAGUCACGCUGGCUCUCGGUGUGAUGCGCAUGGUGAAGAAAAGGGCCAUCGUCAAGAAGCUCCCCAUUGUAGAAACUCUGGGCUGCUGUAACGUGAUCUGUUCAGACAAAACGGGAACUCUUACCAAGAACGAGAUGACCGUCACUCAGCUGUACACGUCAGAUGGACUCCACGCAGAGGUGACGGGCGUUGGCUACAACAGAGCAGGAGAGGUUUUACUGGACGGGGAGAUCAUCCACGGCUUCUCCUGCCAGUCAAUCAGCAAGAUCGUGGAGGUUGGCUGUGUGUGUAACGACUCCGUCAUCAGGAAUCACUCUCUGCUGGGACGACCGACGGAGGGAGCGCUCAUUGCCCUCGCCAUGAAGAUGGGGCUCGAGGGCCUGCAGCAGGAGUAUGUCCGUCUGGAGGAGCAUCCCUUCAGCUCGGAGCAGAAGUGGAUGGCAGUUCGCUGUGUUCACCGCACCCAGCAGGAUAAGCCUGGAGUUUACUUCAUGAAGGGCGCUUACGAGAAGGUGAUUCGCCUCUGCAGCUCCUACAACAGCAGAGGAAGCACACUUCCUCUGAACCACCAACAGAGGGAGUUGUACCAGCAGCAGAUCAGCUACAUGGGCAGUGCUGGACUGAGAGUUUUGGCGUUUGCGUCCGGUCCUGAGAUGGGGAACCUGACCUUUCUGGGUCUGGUGGGCAUCAUCGACCCACCCAGGGCCGGGGUCAAAGACGCCGUGGCCACGCUCAUCAACUCCGGAGUCGCCGUCAAGAUGAUCACUGGAGACUCCCAGGAGACCUCCGUGUCCAUAGCCAGUCGUUUGGGCCUGUUCUCUAAAGGCUCUCAAAGUUUGUCUGGAGAGGAGGUGGAUCACCUUGACCUGCAGCAGCUUUCAGAAAUGGUCCCCAGGAUAGCUGUGUUUUAUCGAGCCAGCCCCAGACACAAGCUGAAGAUCGUCAAGUCCCUCCAGAACAUUGGCGCCGUCGUAGCCAUGACGGGCGAUGGGGUGAAUGACGCCGUGGCGCUGAAGGCUGCAGACAUCGGCGUGGCGAUGGGCCAGGCGGGCACAGAUGUCUGCAAGGAGGCAGCCGACAUGAUUCUGGUGGACGACGACUUCCAAACCAUCUUGUCAGCCAUCGAGGAAGGAAAAGGAAUUUACAACAACAUUAAAAACUUUGUCCGCUUCCAGCUAAGCACGAGUAUUGCAGCUCUGACGCUCAUCUCUUUGGCAACGCUGAUGAACUUCCCCAACCCGCUGAACGCCAUGCAGAUCCUGUGGAUCAACAUUAUCAUGGACGGACCUCCCGCUCAGAGUUUGGGCGUGGAGCCUGUGGACCGCGAUGUGAUCAGGAAGCCUCCUCGUAAUGUGAGUGACAGCAUCAUCACCCGCAGUCUGCUUGUCAAAAUCCUGGUGUCAGCGUUCAUCAUUGUCUGCGGAACGCUGUUUGUCUUCUGGAGAGAGUUGCAGGACAACAUGAUCACUCCUCGAGACACCACCAUGACCUUCACCUGCUUUGUCUUUUUUGACAUGUUCAACGCUCUGAGCUCUCGUUCACAGACUCGUAUGGUCCACGAGAUGGGUCUGUGCAGUAACAAGACUUUCUGCUACGCCGUCCUGGCCUCCAUCAUGGGUCAGCUCCUCGUCAUCUACUUCCCUCCUCUGCAGAGCGUCUUCCAGACAGAGAGCCUCAGCAUCUUUGACCUGCUGUUCCUAGUGACCCUCACCUCCUCUGUGUGCAUGGUGUCCGAGAUCAUUAAGAUGGUGGAGAGGUGGAGGGAAGCUAAAAAGAGCCCACCCUCCGACUUCUUCCACGAGGUAUGACACAGCCCCACGCCGCUGGCCCCGCCAUGCUGAUGGGCCGAAGGACUCUGAGCCUUGGAGGAGGAAGAAGAAGAGGAGGACGGUGAUGGGUUUUAGGAUAUCACAACCGAUGGCACUGACUAUAUAAGACUGACAGGACUUGUGGGAUUUUCCUGGGAGGGAGGAGAAACUGUGGUCUGGGACUGGAGCUUCGGCCUCGGGUUGCGGUGACGGAGGGAGGUGAGUUAGCAGACUGGACUUUAAUUGAAGUGGGAAGACAUGAUGGCUGCUGAGAGAUCUGAUCCAAUAAAUGGCUUUAAUACCGAUCCACAGCAGCAGUUCAGCUCCCCCCCCCCCCCGGCCUCGUUGUAGAUUCCUGACCGUAGCUUUUGGGGGAAACUGAUUUAAACAUUGUCGCCGUGAACCCAGCUCCAGUCUGCUCCUCGUCAUUUAGGACGUUAACCCUGUGAAGAUUCAAGGCUGUGUGCAAUUCUUUGUGUUCUUCCUUCUUUUUCAAUCUUAUCCUUUUUAGAAGGUGUUGACCACUAUUCUUUCUUUUAACGGUCGAACGCGGUGACUUCACGCACGACCACGACUUUGUUUUGAUUCCUCUACAGAUGGGUUUACAGGACAUGGUGGAGGUGUAACGGUACAAAGUUUUUAUCACAGCAGGGAACAGAAAAUAUUACAUUUUUUGUUCUAAUUUCUGCUGGAAAUUAAGACACUGAAGCAUUUCCAUAUUUCCUAGAAAACUUAAGGCAAUAUGUCCGUGUUGCUGUACAUUAAAUACAGAACUGUAUUCAUGUAAAGGAACAUAACAGUGCACUUUAUUGCAUAUAAAUCUUUAAUCGUGUGUUUUCUACUGUGAAAGUCUGUGGCUGCCAAUAUUAAAAUCAAAAUGUCAUCUUCCAUUUAUGUCCAUAGAUUUUCAAAUUAAAUCAAAGUCGUCAUUUUUUAAUGGACAUUUUCAUAAUAAGAAUAAUGUUUGUCAUGUUAUUAUGGAAACCGUCUGUGUUCUGCAUAUGAGGGUGCAUAUAAUUGAGAAAGCCUAAACUGUAAAAACAUUCAGAUUAGAAAUUUUACCUGAGGAAGGGAUGAGGACUGAGACAGUUAAUUAAAAGUGCAUUUAUUUAAAAAUCAGGAUGUAAAUCUUUAAAUCCAGUUUACAUUAUAAAUUUAUAUUUAAAUGUGAUUAUUAUUAUUAUAGAUUGAAAAAUUAGUCACUUUAAAAUGAUUUUAUUCAGUUUUUGUUAUGUUAGUAAUUAUGCUUUUCAACAAUGAAAAUGAAAGUUGGAUUUUUUUUCGUGUGUGUGUCACAACUGGAAAAUUUGAUUUUGUAGAAAUGUAUUUGUAUCAGGAUUCAACACCUUGUUUAAGUGAUUUGAUUUUAGUGUUGGCAGCCAUACACUUCCAUACACAGACACUGACAUGAAACACUUUGGUGGUUUUUGUAGGACGGGAUAAUAUCUAUUACUUACGUUUGCUUAUUUUUUUGGAUUACUUUGAAACUUUAACUUUCUUUCCUUGAGAAUUUUUUCUUCGAACAAAUUAAGUUCUGAAAUUUAACAGUUAUAGGAACUCCUAAAUAAAAUGGUGUCAUUUUUAAUUGAAUCAGGAACUGUCGGAUCAGAGAAUAAUUAAAAUCAGAGAAUAAUUACAACAAGAUUAUUAAUCUGACCAGACUUCUGACUGACCAUGUUUUUGUAUUUUGUCCCAACAGCUUCUCAUCCCAGGGCGUCAGAUAUUGGUAUUUGAUGCACAAGGUACCCUUUAGAGUCCUUGUGAGAUGCCUUUUUAAUAUGUGGUGUGUGUUGACAUAAGUACAGUACGUGAUGGCGGAUGGGUUACUUUAAAGCGCAGGACGUUGAAGGGUACCUUGUGCAACAAAUAGCUUUCUCAAAGUGUCUAUAUUUGAUGCCCUGGGAUGAGACCGGGCUGUUUGUCCAGUCCAGCUUAACCAAAUACUACUGCCAUAACAAGUAGAGGUGUUAGUUAACAAAAUAUUUGGUGCACUAACGGUUUAGGAGGCGUAAUCGUACCAUUGCACCUCCACUACACGGGCUUGUUUCUGGGAUCCGCAUGUUAUGUUUCACGCUUCUUUCUACGUACAAUGGUUUAUUUAAAUUAAAAUGGAACUCUGGUUUCUGUUGAGCAGCUGUCGUAUUUAAGCUCCUUCACGCUCGCCACCUCGUCUGUGGCGGCGAACGACUCUUCCUCUGGCCACAAACUGGCUGCUGUCUGCAGGUUAGGAACUUUGUUUUUCCUGCAAAACAGCAGAGGUGGAACAUCCUGACACUAAAAUGUGGAAUUAGGCCUCAAAAACUCGCCAACACAACUGACACGGUUGCUUUCAGGGUACACAGAAACUUUAGUAACAAUGCUUUCUCAUCCUGUGCCUUAGAGAAGUCAUCGAUAAUUUUAAUUAUCUCCACUCCUUUAGUGGACGGAAGCCCUUUACUGAUGCAUGGCUUUUCUGUUUAAUCAGUUUUAAAUUAUUUUUUUUUUAAAAGAACAAUCAUACGAAAUAUUAACUUAUUUUCCAUUUAUAGUUGAUAUAUAGAGAAGCCAGGGUGCUUUCUGGGAAAUGUAGUCCACAUGACUUUUAAUAUGUAGUUAUUGUUUUUUUGUUUGUUUCUUCCAAAAGGCACAUUUUCACAGGUGUUUGCUAAAUGAACAGUAAGAAAGGAGGGAAGAAAAUACCUUCACCCUGCUGCUGUUUCCUAAAAUUUAAAUCUUGUUUUAUUUUAUACAGUUCACAUUACUGAUAGAUGUUCACAGCAGCAGAGUUCAGGUGUUCUUUUCCUUUUCAUCCGGGAUUUUGGUUUAUAACACGGUUUGUUUUUUUUGUUGUUUUUUUUUGCUGAUGUUGGUAAAAAGCUUUUAAUUUCUGAAAUGAGAAAAUGACCAGAAAAAGGGGGGGACAUAUUAAAGGAAAAUUACUGUUUUUACAACCUGAGUCUUAUUUUUGUAGUUUCUUUCAUCAUUCCUGUUGGUUCUGAUAAGAUUUCUGAACUGACAUCUCUAACUGUGCAUUCAGACCAAAAGCAUGUCAAAUUUCACAAAUAAGGCAAGUAAACACAACCCGGUUUACUAUAGCGGUAUGAACCCAAAAUAAACAUUUUGCUGUGAUUUAAUUGUAAUAAAUGGAUCAAAAAGAUGCAGAAUUCACUACAAAAUUAUACCGAUUUGUUUUACAUAUGAAUUGUCAUGUCUGUCUUUUAAAAUGCAUGUUUUUUAAAUGGAGUUUAGAUCGAUCAGUCCUGUGUUCUGCUAACUUGUUCACUGGUACAAUGAUAGCUGGAGCUUACCAGGUAGUUCAACUUCCUAGCUUAGUCUUCUCCAAGCAAUGUCCACUUUUGUCCGGUUUUUAAUUAAAUAUGAAGUAGUAGCACAGAGCUGUGUGUCCACUGAAGCUAGUGGAAAUCCGAAACACACGGUGGCAUGCUGCUGAGAAGUGCCACUGAAGAUAAAUAAAUAUUUUAAACUCCAAAAAUUACUAGUAAAAAGUUUAAUAAAAGCAGUCCAUCACGUCCUGUGCUCUCCUCGCUUUUGGUGUGAAAGUACCAUUACUAUUAAUGGAUAUAACGUACAGCAUAAUAUCUCACUGGACUCAGCAACAAGAAUAUUCAGAUAGAAGUAUUCAGUAAGCACUAUUGUAUAAGAAAUUAUUUUUAAAAAGACUAAUUUAAUCUUAGAAAGAAAUGUGAGCAGACGGGUUUGAAACAAACCAAAGUUUAGUUUUGGUGAGCAUUAUUUGUACAGCACAUUUUCAUACACCAGGGCAGAUCAAUGUACUCAACAGCAGAGCUGCGAUGACUAAUCAAUUACUUGUAAACUAUUAAAUUAAUCGAUUGAUUAAUUAAUUUAAUAAAAACUUAACUUGAUGAUCGAUUCAUUGUUUUGAGUCUAAAUUUGAAUAAAAAUGUGAAUGUUUUCUGGUUUCUUUGCUCCUCUUUGACAGGAAACACUGAUCCACAUUUUGUUUCAUCGUUUUCUGACAUUUUAUGGACUAGACAACUAAUCGAUUAAAUCGAGAAAAUUAUCAACAGGUUAAUCAGUAAUAAUAAGUAAAAGAUUUACAGUUGUAAAUGGUGCGAAAGUACAGGCGAGCGAUACAAGGGAUUAAAAAAAAUGUAGUGCAUUUUUAAAAUCAAGUGGGGGAAAAAAAACACAUUUAGAUGCACAAUUUAAUUCAAUUUAGAAAAAAAUUUGAACUAAAUACUGAGUUAAGAAAAAGUUUUCAGCCUGUCUAACUGCUUCUGUUUCUUCUUGUUAUUGGGCCCCAGAUCAAAUUUUAAGCCAUAAAGAAGCUGAAAACUCAGGUUGUACUAAACUCAGCAAAACCGAUGUUUCUCCCGCUGUGAUUAACUUAACGAUCACAUGACCAUCCAUCCAUCUCUAUCACUUGUUUUUGAGGUCUCUUUCCCGUUCUCCCUACGGCUAGAUGUGAUUGAAAACCUUCAGUUCAUGUUUCCUGUUAUUGAUCCAGAUGUUCUGUUGCUUUCUUUGUGAACUUGUACAUUUACUCUGUAAAAUAAGUGAAGGUUCAUCUCUUGUUUUAACAACAUUCAUGUGCACUUGUUAUAUAAAUUGUGCUUUUCUAUUAUCUUCUGUGUGUCGGGGGCCAAAUGUACGGAAGACAAUUAGGGUUAGGAUUUUUUUCAUUUUUUCUCCACUUUAUUGACAUCUUCAAAAUAACAAACUGGCAUCUCUGUAAUGUCACAUAAACCUAACAUUUAACUAAAUCUAAGCCGCAAACAACUUAAAAAUAGAUGAAUAAAAAUAAAAUAAACUAAGAAUUUUAAUUUAAUUGAAAAUACAAAAUCAAAAUACAAUGUAAGUAACUCAGAGUCUGAAGGCACUAUACUUUUCCAGUGUUUCUAUUGAUUGGAAACUAAUAAAUGAUGUAAAACUUGUGCAGCUUUAAAAAAUCUAUACUUUACGAAUAUAAAAUGUAGCUAUAAUGAAAAUAUUGUUACACAACAACUCAGUAUCUUUGUUUUCCGUAAAACAACCAAACUCCAUUAUGGUAAUAAAACCAGGCUUUACAAUCUUUGUACCUAACAAUCAUAUAUUCUGUUCACAAAUAAUUUAACAACAUUACAGCUGUAGAAAAGAUGUCCCUGAGAAUCAAAAAUUAAUUACAUGGGUAGAUAUCACUAAUUGUUUUGAAAUGAACCUCUUUAAUUUUAGGAAACAAAGGAUAUGAUCAAAAUCUUUCUUUUCACAGGAAGUGGAGAAAAAAAAUUUUCAUCAUCAAUCAUCUCAAUGUUAUCACCUUUACUAAGUAAAUAAUUAUACUUGUCAAGUAUAGUAGAGUAGAGAAUAGCAGCAUUACAGUGGAAUAUUGUAACAAUCCUUUUAUAAAAUUUGUUAAAGUCAGAAUUCUGAAUUUAAACUCUGAAAUCAUAAUUAUUUUUACAUGUGGCCCUAAUCAUCUUCCGUACAUUUGUGAGUGGUCUUUUUUUGUUUUUUUGUUCUCUGGAGGCUGAUUGUCUUGAAGGUAUCUCACAAAGCAAAUCAACCCCCCCUGUAAUUAAUGUAAUCAAUGAAGUCAGUUUUCAAGCAU